AUGGCUCUGCGAUCAGCCGUUGACUUUUCUUGUCCCGUCUGUUUUGAGAUAUUCAAAAACCCUGUUGUGCUGUCAUGCAGCCACAGCUUUUGUAAAGACUGUUUGCAGACCUGGUGGGCGGACAAAGUGGUUUGCCAGUGUCCAGUUUGCAAAAGAAGAUCUUCAAAGAGUGAUCCGCCAUUUAACUUGGCGUUGAGGAACCUGUGUGAAGCCUUGUUACAGGAACUUUCUCUGGAAGAGAGCGCCUAUGCUGGUACUGAGGCUCAGUGCAACCUGCACUCUGAGAAACUAAAGCUCUUCUGUUUGGACAAUCAGCAGCCUGUGUGUGUCGUCUGUCGUGACUCAAGAGCACACACCAAUCACAGUUUCAGACCAAUCGAUGAGGCUGCACAGGACAACAGGGAACAGCUCAGGACAUCCUUAAAGCCCUUACAGGACAAACUGGAGCACUUGAUUCAAGUUAAGGUUAACUGGGAUUUAACAGCGAAGGUAAUUAAGGCCCAGGCCCAACAUAUAGAGAAGACGAUUAAAGAUGACUUUACGAAGCUUCAGAAUUUUUUACAAAAAGAAGAAGAAGCCAGGAUCACUGCACUGAGGAAGGAAGAGGAGCAGAAGAGUGGAGUGAUGAGGCAGAGGAUUGAGGCUCUGAGCAGAGAGAUAGCAGCUCUUUCAGAAACUAUCAGAAUCACAGAGGAGGAACUGAAAACUGCAGACGUCUCGUUCCUGCAGAACUACAAUGCUGCAGUGGAAAGAGUCAAGCAGCGCCAUCUGCUGGAGGAUCCAAAGCUGGCCUCUGGAGCUUUGAUAGACGUGUCCAAAAAUUUGGGCAAUCUCACCUUCAGUGUAUGGAUCAAGAUGAAGGACAUGGUCUCCUACACUCCCGUGAUUCUCGACCCAAACACAGCUCAAUCAAACCUUUUACUAAGUGCAGAUCUGAGAAGUGUACGAUGUCUAGAGAGGGAGAGCCAGUCUCCGAAUAACCCAGAAAGAUUUGAUAGUUACACCACCGUCCUGGGAUCUGAGGGCUUUAACUCGGGGACUCACAGCUGGACUGUUGAAGUUCAAAAUGAUGCAGACUGGGGAGUGGGUGUGAUAGAAGAGUCUGUCCGGAGGCAAGGAGUUCUUCCGACUGGUCACUGGGGAAUAUUGUUCUACAAUGGUAAACUCGAUGCAUGCUCUCCACCACAAAUCGACCGUACUCUCUCAGUGAAGAACCCGAUUCAGAGGAUCAGGGUACAGCUGGACUGGGACAGAGGUCAGCUGUCGUUCUCUGACCUGGAUACAAACACACACAUUUAUACCUUCUCACAGACAUUCACCAAGACAGUGGUUCCCUUCAUGAACACCUCUUCAUCGGUGCAUCUGAGGGUUUUACCGAGGACAGUCAAUGUACACUUCAAGAAGUAG